GAGGGGUCCUGUAACCCCAUGUUGAGAGGACCCCAGCCCCAUGUUGCUUGGCUCACAUCUGUGGGCUCUUCCUUUACCUGGCAGCCAUGGGGCACAGCGCAGCCCUGCAGUGGGGUUCAGUUGGCGCUGAGAGAGAUGGAGCAGCAUCUUGGUGUGGGAAGAGGUCUGCAGCCGAGGAGGAACGGCACCGUUUUCACUGCAGCCUGUUGUCUUCCACCAGAGAGCAGGCCCAGCUAAAGGCCAGCGUGGUUGAGGAGGACACGGAGGAGUGGCAGAGGGAUUCCAGUUUUGCAGGACUGGAGAGAGUGGGAGGCGUGGACUUGUCUUAUGUCAAAGGAGACGACACCCAUGCCUGUGCUUCCCUGGUCGUGCUCAGCUACCCAGCCCUUGAGGUGCUGUACGAGGAUUACCGGAUGGUGGCUGUCAGCGCCCCGUACGUGGCAGGGUUCUUGGCCUUCCGAGAGGUCCCUUUCCUGGUGGAAGCUCUUCAGAGACUUGAGCAGGAGAAGCCCGAGCUCAAACCUCAGGUGCUUCUUGUGGAUGGUAAUGGCCUGCUCCAUCCCAGAGGAUUUGGUGUGGCCUGUCACCUUGGAGUCCUGACAGAUCUACCAUGCAUUGGAGUGGCCAAGAACCUCCUACAAGUGGAUGGCUUGGUCAAGGAUGAGCUGCACAAAGAGCAGAUACGUUCCCUGCAGAAGGGAGGAGAUUCAUUCCCACUGACAGGCACCUCAGGGGGAGUCCUGGGCAUGGCCCUGCGUAGCUACGACAAGAGCUCUAAGCCACUUUAUGUCUCUGUGGGUCACAGAGUGUGCCUGGAGACAGCCCUGCGCCUGGUCAAGUCCUGCUGCCGGUACCGCAUCCCAGAGCCCAUCCGUCAGGCUGAUAUUAGAUCGAGGGAGUAUAUCCGGAAGCAGCUGUGUUCACCACUGGAGGUCAUAACUUCUAGUCCAGAAAGCAGAAAAAAAGAAGCUGAACUGGAUGAGUAGUCUGAUGCCAGGAGAAACCUCUUCACUAGAUCCUCUCCUCCACCAAGACUCUGAUUCUUUGGAGUACGACAACCGACUGCUGCCAAGGGGAGAGCAGUGCCAGGCCAUGUUGGUCAGGACACUGCAUGGGGCUGCUGGGCAGGCAGAGCAGCUGCUCCUCAAAGAUGACUUUCACAGCACAUUCCUCAGGGCUGAUUUUUAAGCAUUGUAAAAGUCUUUGUGUGAGCAGAA